AUUUAAAUGAGGGCUGAGGAUAUUGUAGGGAUUGUUGAGAAGCAAGUGGUGGGUUUAGAGAAGAAGAGAGCUGUUUUGAUGGAUAAUAGUUUUGUGAAAGAAGCUAAUCUUGGAGAGGAGCGAAUGGAAGUAAAAUAUAUAAGAGACAAUCAGUCAAAGCAAUACAACAAACUCAACAAGGUUGGGAAGUCUCACUCCGAGUAUUAUAAGUUCAGUUUUUAUCUGGAAGAAAAUAGACAGACAAAUAAGCUUCAAAAGUCUCUACAACAGAUGAAGAAACAUCUCUUUGAUCGUAUUGAAAUUACGGCAAACUCUAGAUGAAAGCAACCCAAAAUAUCAAAGCUUCUUCCUUCCUUGCUGAAAGUACAUCCAAGAAUCGAAUUUCAACUGUUCAUAGACUAUUUCAGAAUUUCAGGCUCUGCACUUCUUCAUAUUCUUCGCAAUGUGCGUGAUAGAUACUGCAUUGUGAGAUUUUCUUGUUGCUCAAUGGAAACUCUCAAGCACAAAAAGGUUGACAGAGUAAUUAAUUUCGAAAGCCUGAUAUUUUCAGCUUGCUACGAUUCAAAUAUGGGUCAUCUUAGCUCUAAAGGCCCUUUCUAUCGUAGCAUUAUCGACCUAAUCAUGGAGUCGUCUCUACCAUUCACCAUGCGCAAGAUAAAGCUGAUUCCUGACUAUCCCUCUGAGGGUAAUUAGGUUCAUUAGAGACUAAUCUCGCUUCAGUCACAACUUUAGAGAUCUCAAAGAUAGACUACAGACAGAAGCUUGGGCAUAAUUU